AUGGAUGGAGAGUCAUGGAGAGGAAAAGAGGUAGUGGUGGACUCGCAUGCUGUUGGCGCUGCUGUGGUGGACUCGCAUGCUGUUGGCGCUGCUGAACCUCUUGCCACUCGCACCCAUGCGUUCCACCUCAUCCUCUUCCCCCCCCUCACCCCCUCCUCUCCCCCUCCGCCCUGCACAGGUCACCAGCAGCGCCCGUCGCUAGGAGCGCCGUUCAAUGCGCACAGCCCACUGGACUCGCAUGUGCCCGGAGGCUUACCUGCUCUCAAGGCCAGGUGGCAAGCCCUCCUGCACCAGGUGCGGGUGUGUGACAGCAGCAACUACCUAAAGGCCUUUCAGGUGCGGUUGUGUGACAGCAGCAACUACCCAAAGGCCUUUCAGAUUCGCGUGUGUGACAGCAGCAACUACCUCAAGGCCUUUCAGGCAUCGGACGUGCUAGUGGUGGUCGGAUGGUCCUCUGACCUGCUGCCCUUCGCCCGCCGCAACAACAACAUCACCGUCGCUGCGCCUGCUGACGGCACCCUCCUCUUUGCCGACCUAUGGGCCGUGCCCGCUACAGCCCGCUACAACAUCCCCAAGGCUGCCUGGCGCAACCGCGGGCCCUCGCCACUCAUCGGGCAGUGGAUGAAGUUUUGCCUGCAGCCCGCCCGGGCAGUGCCCCUGGAGCGGGAAAUCUUCUCGGCCUUCUCCCCCACAGUCCUGCCCGACUGCCUCCCGCUGGCACCAAUGCUACCAGCUGACGACUCAAGCAUCAAUGCUGCUAGCACCAGCGGUAGCAGCACCAAGGGCAGCACCAGCCGCGCCACCAACACCAGCAACAGCAACACGAGCAGCAGCAGCAGCACCACCACCACCACUGCCACUGCCAGCAGCAGCAGCAGCAGCAGCAGUGCGCGUGGGUUACCAGCAGCGGGCAUCCUGGCAGCGAGUGAGUUCGUGGAGCCACUGGAUGGCGCCACACAGGCAGAGCUGAACCAAGUGCUGCUGGGGGACACGAAGGGGGGCGUGGCGGCACAGGGGCAGACGAUGCAGGGCCGGGUGAAGCAGGCGAUUGAGGCUGUUGGUUCGGCAUUGGAUAAGCUGAGGAAAAGAGGGUGA